AUGACGAAGAAGACGGAGCAGGCGAAGGCGGAUCAGCUCGUACAGCAAUUCUACGCCAAGACAUGCGCGAUCGUCUCGCAGGCGCGCUUGACCCACGUCGUCGACGAUCCAGCAUACUCGCCUACAAGCCUCGCCUCGCCUGUCCCGGGAGACUCGACGCCGUCUAUAGGGCCUAGUGCAGCGAGCGGGACGCGGAAGCCGAGUGGGAAAGAGCGCGGUAGGAAGACGAACAAAUGGUUCAACCUCGAGCUACCGGACAAUGACCUGUUUCGGGCGGAGCUUCGGACCUGGCGGAACGUAUCGCAUCUCCUCUCCGCGACACUUUCGCCCUCUUCCUCUGCGCCUUACUCCGCUGCACCGUCGUCCAUCUCCUCGUCUCAGCCUCACAUACCGCCGAUGGUUCUCGAAGUCGUGCUAGACGUUUCCGACUUGACGCCCAACCAGGUACUUGUCCUCUCCGAUCAGAAAGGCCGUCGGAUACGAGUCGAUGGCGGUCGGUCAACGAGCGGUGCAGGCGCACACGCACGAUCAGGUGCUACUUCUCCGCUCCCGAUCUCGCCGGGUGUACGAAGUCCCCGCUCCGCAGGUGGACCGAACGUCCCAGCCCCUCCCGUCGUCCUCGAACGAUGGGUCCUCUCCCUCCAUCCUCCUUCUCACCCGUCACCUUCCUCCUCCUACUCUUCACCUUCACCAUCCGCCUCCACAGCCGCGACCCAAAUCGAGCUCCCGACAGUCUACAAGCACUCAAUCCUGCACUUCCGAACACUCUUCUCCCUCGUCCGCGCUCUACCAGCCUACUCGCUCCAGCGUAAACUUGCGAAGCGGCGAGCGGGGGUCGGAGGAGCGGGACUGAAGAUCGCGGUGAGGACGAGGGCGGGGUUGGAGGACGAGGCGAGGGAAGGGGAGGUCGGGAUUGAGGUGCCGAUUGAGGGGAGUGGGAGAGACGGGGACACGAGGGAGAGAGGGACGGAAAAGAUCGUGUUCCCUGGGGUGGCGACACCGUUUGGGACUCUCUCGCUCGACUUGACCUACCGCACCAACACCGACUUCUGCGUCGAAGAGAUCGAGACGCUCCUCUCGUCCCGCUUCAUCGACGAAGACUUUUUCCGCCCAACCGUCGCCCGCUACUCGUCCGCACGUGAAGAUGUCCGACCAGGCUCCUUACCGAUCUCGGCCUCUCGAGCAGGCGGAGGCUUCCCCUCGACGAGUCCUGCGCACGCAAGUCCGCCAGCCGGUCCUGGCAAGGGCAUGACAGGUCUCGGACCGCUUCCCUCGUACGGCUCGCUCUCGUCGCGACAUCAGUAUGCUCCAGUGCUUCCUUCGACAUCGCCUCAUCAGCCUCAUACGUCUUCUCCUCUCGCCCCUUCUCCUCGUCCGCCUAAUGCCCUUCCCUCGCCUCUACACGCGCCAGUACCCGUUCGAGCGACGACUUCGCCCGUUCCCCUACCUGCAUCCGGCUCGUCACCUCGCCCAGAGUCCGCCCAAUCCGCCACCUCGAGCCGCUACUCGUACCCGCACUCCGUCGCAGCUGUGGCCGGUACAUCCGCCCCUACCGGCGCGGCAGCGGGAGCGGUCGAGCCUGCGUUCAUCUCGCUUUCUCGCGCUCGUGCGCCGAGCUUCUCCGGCGCCGGCGGAGCAGGAGGAAUCGAGCGCGCGAGUCCCUCGAGUGUACCCAGGCGCCCAAGUAUGGGUUCAAGUGGCGCAAGCGGAUCGCCCAUCUUCCGACCCGGCAGCUACUUCACCUCCGCAGCAGCAGCAGGCGGUCUGUCUUCGUCGCCGUCGUACAGCUAUGGCCCGAUCACGCGCCAGCAACCGCUCGCCUCGACUAGCGGCGCCAGCCCGUCCUCGCAACUCUCGUCGGGCAUUUCGCCUCGCUCGCCGGUCGUACCGCAGGGCGCCGCAGCACCUUCUCCUCGACCGAUUCCCGCGCCCUCGUCCUCUCCCUACGCCGGCACUCGAGCGUACAGCUACUCUUCGCAACCCGCCGGGAUCUUUGGCAGCCAAGGCUCGUACACUGCGUCUCGCUCCUACGGCCGCGGCGGAUCAUCAGGCGGAUCAGGCGAGUGGGGAGGGCCAGAGUCGCUUGGCGCAGGCGCUUCGGGUAUCGCUCGACCGCGAGCAUCGAGUCGGCUGUCGUUUGGCGCGGCCGGGAGUCCGGGCGUCGCGGGUGUGAGGGGGACGUCGAGGCUCGGGACGAUGAUGCGGCAGCAUGACGAGGCGCGAGCGAGGCUGGGAGUCGUUGGAGGCGCGGCAGAGGAGAAGAAGCGGUUCAUCAACGAAGGAGGGACGCCGGACGACGCGGACGACAUCAACACCUUCCUGAGCAUGCUUGACUCGAAGCCGGACCUGCGAGGGCUCGAAGCGAGUCGGUCGAUCACUUCGGGCGAAGGAGCUUUCGCCGCCAGCGGAGUGGGUAAGAGCGGCGUGCUGAGCAAGAAGGAUGUCGACGAGCAGCUUCGGCAGCUCAAGACGAGCGUGUACGGCGCCAUGGGCGAGGGAGGCGAGUCGCCGAGUCCACCGCCUUUCGGGCUCGGCUUGAGCGGAGGGCCCAGUCCAGGCCAGCGAGCGAGCAGCGCAUUGAGUGGGAUCUCGAACUUGCGGAGGCAGACGAGCCGUUUGUCAAUCGAGGAGGACCCGGUCGCUGAGCAAGCUGCACUCGUGGCCGCCCAGCGCGACCGCACGACGAGCGGGGAGCGUUCAUCGCCGGCUGAGGCAGGAUUGGCGGCGGUACUGGAGAAGACGCCUCGCGCCGGACACCGUGCACUCAAGCGAGACGCCCUCGUCAGCCCGGCUCUCUCCGCCACGUCCAGUUCGACCGCUCAGCCCCCGCCUCUCGCCAUCGAGCCGGCGCUUGCGCAGCUUGACCCGCGUUUCCUGCCCCUGCCGACCUCGUCCGCAACUUCGCCCCUCGCCUCGCCCGGCACGCAUCCUCACCCGCCUUUCCCCUCCAUCGGCCCGCUCGGCGCUCAGCCUUAUCCUCCUCUCCCGUAUCCGCCCGCUGGUACACCCACUUCCGCUCUCGGCCGCACCGAGCCCAUCACCUUCGCACCGUACAUCUCGCGCGCCUCGCGUCAACCGCUCAACCCGCCUGCAGGCGAUGGCGGGAGCGGCUUCGCCUCCACCAUUGUGUCGGAGCAUAACUCGGGCGCUGCGUCGAUCUCGAGCUUCUACACGCAGGAAGGCGAUGGAGACGAAGGGGUCGCGAGCUCCGACCGAGGUGAGGAGGAGGCGGUCGGUCGGCUUGAACUCGACGACUCGCCUGUGCCGGAGGACAUGCAACGCCGAGGACGCGCUUGGGGACUCGCACUCGGGUCAGGCGAGGUGGACGAGGAGGAGAUCUCGCUCGCGUCAGCUGGUGCGCAGCACAGUCGCGACCCUACGCCGGCAGCGGGUCGCCUUGGCAAUUCAGGCGGUGGAGCAAGACCAUCCGUCGGCGCAGGCUACUUUGCCAGCAGGAGUCACAGUCGAGGAGGAGGGAGUCCGCCUUGGAUGUAA